AUGGCUAUCCCCAGACCUAGCACCCCUCCAGAGGCGCCUUUGGAGGUGACUGAGAUAUCUGAAAGGAGCCAAAGUUCUAGAUGGCUAAGUCGCGAUGAUCGGAUUCGCAUUUUGACUCUACGAGAUGCUGGUUUUACCUAUCAACAGAUCUCUUCUCAGCUUGGAUUUACCUAUCGUCAGGUGCAAUAUACCUGCCAGAAUGAGCAAUCUACUCCUCGAAAGCCUCCUGGCCAGCGCCCGAAGCUAUCAGAAGAGGAUAUGGACAAUAUCAUUACCUUUAUCUCUUCAUCACAACGUACGCGCCGACUAUCUUAUAAACGAGUUAUUGAAGAACUAAAUCUUCCCUGCGGAGAAACUGCACUUGCUCGAGCACUUAAAAAACGAGGCUAUUCCCGAUGCAAAGCUCUUCGAAAGCCACCUUUAUCGGACGAUACAAAGCGUGCUUCCAUACCAGAAUCUGGGUUACCAGAAGAGCAGGAGAAGAGCUAG